AACGUUGAUUGUCUGUUACGGACAAGUACUGCUGAAUAAUGCAGCAAAGUGCAAUGCAACUACAGGCUACCACUACAGUCAAACAACCGAAAAUCGGUGGACAGACAGAAGAAGCGCGGUUUGCAAUCGCCACGAUCAUUCAAGAGUCGUCGUUCGACAGUGGAUCUUGUUUCCAACCGAUCGUCGGGAAAGUUAGUCAAGCUAAUCAGUUAAUUACGGCCGGUAGAAGUGGUUCAUAUUACAUCCUUUUGGGAUCGGUUUUACUUCGUUUGUCGAGAUAACAUGGUGAUCAAUUUCGGUGCAGGUCCGGCUAAAUUACCUCGGGAGGUACUGCUGGAGGUUCAAAAGGAUUUGGUCGAAUAUGGUGCAAGUGGUAUGAGUGUAAUGGAGAUGUCUCAUCGUGGAACGAGCUAUGGUAAGCUGCACAACGACACCAUUGACUUGGCUCGAGAACUGCUUAAGGUUCCUGACAACUACAAAAUUUUGCUGAUGCAAGGUGGCGGUACCGGGCUGUUUGCCGCCGUAGCUUUGAACUUGAUCGGUCGAACCGGAUCCGCUGACUACUUGGUCACUGGAUCGUGGUCGGCGAAGGCAGCCAAGGAAGCAGCCAAGUAUGGAAAAAUCAAUCAAGUAGUUCCGAAGCCUGCCAAGUACACUUGCGUUCCGGAUCAGAAAGAUUGGAAACUGGAUCCGAAUGCUUCUUAUCUGUACUACUGUGAUAAUGAGACUAUCGAAGGGGUGGAGUUCAACUUCGUACCGAAUACAAACGGUGUACCACUGGUCGUCGACAUGUCGUCCAACAUCCUGUCGAGACCAGUAGAUAUCAAACAGUUUGGAGUGAUCUUCGCAUGUGCUCAAAAAAAUAUCGGACCCGCCGGAAUCACGUUGGUUAUUGUACGAGAAGAUUUGAUCGGACACCAACUACCCAGCACACCGACCAUUCUCGAUUUCUCGAUCGUUGCCAAGGACAAUUCAAUCAACAACACACCUCCCACAUUCAUCAUCUACAUUAUGGGACGUGUUUUUGCCUGGAUCAAACGUCAAGGCGGUUUGGAGAAGAUGUACAACGAUUCGUUAACCAAGUCCAGUAUGAUAUACGAUGUCGUAGCCGGGUCCAAAGACUUCUACUACUGCCCGGUGGAGGCCAACGUUCGCAGCCGAAUGAAUGUCCCAUUCCGCGUUGGGGGAUCCAGUGGUAACGAAAGUUUGGAGAAAGAAUUUCUGAAAGGGGCCGAGCAGCUGGGUAUGCAGCAACUGAAAGGCCAUCGUUCGGUAGGAGGCAUACGAGCUUCACUGUACAAUGCGGUUACCAUCGAGGAGACGGAAUCCCUGCGGAAGUACAUGUUGGAGUUUCACACGAAAAAUUCAUAACCAAUUCCACUGUAUUUGUAUCUAAUAAACUUAUCCAAUUUA